UCACAGUUCUCGUGCGGCAGUCUGACGACCACCACACCAAACAAACCUCACCGGGCCAAGCGGCCGGGGCGCCCGUCCGUCCGUCCCACCGUCCUCUUCCCCUUGCUGCUGCCAGAUAGCGCAACGGACCAUGGCCGCCGUGGCAGGCCCCACCGUCCUCCGGCUCCGCCCCAGGGCCGCCUCCCCGUCUGCUUCGGCCUUCUCCGCCUCUCCUCGCUGCCGCCUCAGCUCCGUAGCCUGCUCCUAUCCCAAGCUUGCAGGAUCAUUUGCAGUUCAAAGGGUAAAUGGAUGUAGGAUGCAGUACUUGGGCACUCUAAAAGAACAAGUUCUAAGGAGCUCCGGCAACCAUGAUGGACAUAUUAAGCGAAUUGUUUCCUGCACUGCUAGCGACAAACAGGAGCCAAUUGCUUCACUUACCUCGGACACGCCAGUCUUAGAAGAUACCAAGAGUAAUACUGCAGAUUCCUCUGCAUCUUUGGGCUCCGAUUUUACUGAGAGGAGUGCUGGAAAACCGGGAUUCAUCUCAUUUCAUGGCGGCAGCUCUCAAACGUUAAGUGUGGAGAGUGUGCCACAUCCUGGCAAGGAAGCAUCUAGAUUAGUAUGGUUUGUUGGUCCAACUAUUCUUGUGGCAUUCUUGGUUCUUCCAUCGCUUUACCUGCGGAGAGUACUCUCAGCCGUGUUUGAGGAUUCCCUGUUGACAGAUUUCCUUAUACUAUUCUUCACUGAGGCUCUGUUUUACGGAGGAGUUGGGAUUUUUGUCCUGUUGAUUGAUAAAGUCUGGAGACCUUUGCAGCAGGUAGCACCUAAGAGCUACAUCUGGUCAAAAGCUAGAUUUUUCCGAAUUUCUUCAGUAACAACGAUGGUUCUAAGCCUGAUAAUACCGCUUCUGACAAUGGGCAUGGUUUGGCCCUGGACUGGUCCAGCAGCUUCAGCUACUCUUGCACCUUAUCUGGUAGGUCUUGUUGUACAAUUCGCAUUCGAACAGUAUGCACGGCAUCGGAAAUCACCUUCUUGGCCAGUUAUCCCUAUUAUCUUUAAGGUCUACAGGCUUCACCAACUGAACAGGGCAGCUCAACUGGUGACAGCACUCACCUUUUCUGUUAGAGGAACUGAGGCAACAAAUCAAACUUUGUCUAUCAUGAACUCCUUAGGGGCACUACUGACUGUUCUUCAAAUUCUUGGCGUUAUCUGUGUAUGGUCACUCUCGAGCUUUCUGAUGAGGUUUCUUCCCUCUUCAGACAUUCCAGAUCCUUGACUCAUAGCACAGCAAUCAAAGGAGUCAAUGAGUAUAGCCGCCUCACUGUAAAUUGAUCUACCUGGAGCCAGUUUAUACAUCUGCAGAGUUUAUCUUUAGUUUAGGGGUUAAACUGCUUCAGCUGAUGAACUGCAGAGAAAUUGUCCGAUUUGCCGAUCUGGAAUUGAAUAAACUGAAAACAAGAGAGCUGAUCUGUCAGCUCUUUAGGAUGUUCGAUGCA